AUGAAAAAGCAAAUCAUUUCCCUCCUCUCAAGAAAUAACAACAUAACCCUCCUCUCCGGAGCAACAACAAGUAGUGUAUCGUGUUGUUUCUCAUCGACACGUUCAAUGAAUGGAAGACCAAAAAAGAAUCCAGCUGACAUUACUACAGUACCAACUAUUAAUAAUGAACAACAAUUAAAGAAAUCAAAGACUUCUAUCACUUCGGAAGAUGGUAAUACUGUUGUUGUGGAUAGAACAAUUUCUCUCGAAAAACAAAAUGAAAUUCUUAUUCAAUCUAUGGAUAAACUUUCUAAAAAGUAUGAAAAGAUGGAAAAGGCUCUUGCUGCUCAACAAGAAUUAUUGGGAAUGAUGUCCACAACCUUGCAUGUUAUUGGAGAACAACAAGUACAAAACAGAGUUUUACAAUUAUUGAGACUUUACAAAAUUAUUCCAGCACAAAAUUCAGCAAAUGCACCAAGUCCAUUCAUUAGAGUCAAUACUAAAGACAAAUUGGAAUCACUUGUAACAAGUUUUGUCAAUCCACAACAUUUGCCAACAGCAAUUCAAAGCGUCAAAAAGUAA